CUAAAUGGGCCAUUUCCUCCAGCAUCCCACCAAUUUCAUCAGAAACCAAAGCGCUACUUGGCAAUCCAGCCAUGUGGAAAUUUGUCCUCCUUUCCUCUGCUGUUCCACCCCAGCACCAAAGGCUCGCAGAUUAUUAUGGACCUGUCACAGAGAGUUGUCAAGAGACAAGCCAGCUUCUGCAAUGCUAUCACCUUCACCAACAGGCCCAUCGCUGUUUAUGAACAAGUUCGGCUGAAGAUCACUAAAAAGCAAUGCUGUUGGAGUGGAGCCCUACGUCUGGGUUUUACAUCUAAAGACCCAUCAAGGAUUAAUCCAGACAACUUGCCCAAGUAUGCCUGCCCUGACCUCGUCUCUCAAAAUGGCUUCUGGGCAAAAGCACUGCCAGAGGAGCUAUCUAAUGAGGGGAAUGUCAUAUCUUUCUGGGUUGAUAAGAAGGGCAGAGUGUUUUACCGUAUCAACAACUCCAACCCCAUGAUGUUCUUCAAUGGUGUGCGUGUUGCUGAUCCUCUUUGGGCUCUCAUUGAUGUCUAUGGCUUAACUAGAGGAGUCCAACUGCUUGACAGUGAGAUGCUCCCUUUGGACUGCUUGCGCCCUCGUUCCUUUCCUGCCAGCCAUCGAUCUUCAGUUCGGAGGAACAGUCAUGACCCUCGCCUCACCAUCAGCCUGUGUGACCUGAGCCUGCAGCAAGAGAUGCAGCUGGAAGAAGAGGAUGAGGGGGAAGAAGAGGAACCACUCCAGCCCUCUUGCCAUAUUCCUCAGAACUCCCAGAACUUGCAGCAGUGCUCUCUGCUGCCCAGCCACUUGGACACUGAUCUACAGUUUCACUCUGUUCAUGGCCUCCAUGUUACUCCACUCGAUACGCACACAAUGGCUCGACCAGAUCAGCGUGGAGAUGAGAGGACCCUGGUGUUUACCAGCCGCCCAAUGCACAGUUCAGAGACUGUUUUUGUGAAGGUGAAGAAAGGAGCCACGCGGGCAGGGUCUCUUUCUUACGGUGUGACUUCUUGUGACCCCGCCACCCUCAGGCCCAGUGAUCUCCCAUCAAACCCAGAAUCCCUGGUGGACCGCAAGGAAUUUUGGGCCGUGUGCAGGUUGGCUGUCAAACUCCACAGCGGGGAUAUUCUGAGCUUCAUGGUGAACUCAGAUGGCGAGCUUAUGAUGAGCCAUAAUGGGAACAAUGCAGGCAUGCAGCUGUGUGUCGAUAACUCCAGACCACUCUGGAUGUUCUACGGUCUACAUGGCUCCAUCACACAACUCCGAAUUUUAGGUUCAGCUUUACCUACAGAUGCUCAAGGCCCAUCGGUGCCUAGCUCCCCAUCAUGUACACCCAACACCCCAACAAUGCUAUGCAGUGGAAACUCUGGGUCCAACCUCAACACCGCUCUGAACAUCAGUCUGAAUUCAAGCCUUAACUCUAACUACCACAUGCUAUUUUCUACAUCCACAGGUUAGUCAAAGAUUUACUGG